AUGUCAAAGUCAGACACCACCAAGGUCUUAAAGGCUAAAGUGCAGGAGCAUUUCAGAGAAGAUGUUGGCACACAUAAUAGGACCAGGGUUAAAUGGAUGGACGAGUACUUACUGUCGAUUGACAUGCUGGUGGAUCGGAUGAGCCAUCGUGCUUGUCGAUACUCGCCACGGAUGUCGGAAGAUAAUACAUGGAUAUAUCACCACUUUGAGAAAAGGGCCUGUGCUGCCAAGCGCUUAGAACAACAUGCUACUGAACUUGAUGAGUUUAAUAACAAGGUGGAAAAUAUAUGGAAUGUGUGGCCACAGAUCAUGUCAUCUGAUGUUAAAGAGAAGAUUCUUCAUGAGUUCAUGGAAGAAACCGGGAGUGAAGCACUUCGUUGUCGUACAUGUGCGGUGAAAUGUAAGGAAGUACCAAAAUUCAGCCUUGCCAACAAAUUAUUUAUUGGAGAAAUUCCUCCUGAGCUUAGUGAUUUGACAAUUAUUGAAGAGAGUAUGAUAGCACUGUGUCGAUCGAAAUGCUAUAUCUUCCAGUUGAAGGCUGAUGACCUGGACAUUGAAUCCGCCGAUUUACAGAAGGGAGUAAAAGGACAUGUGAUCGUAUACCCUCAAUGA